AUAAAUACACAGUUUGGAAAGGUACAAUGGCGGCCAUGCCCUAUCAAUUACCAAGUGCUUUUGUAAGAUAUUGGUCGCAUGCAACACCGGAGUUGCCUCGGACUGAGGCCGACAGAAAUAUAAGGAGACAGGUGUCAUUGUUUGGAGUGGACGAUCUAAGUCAGAGCGGGGUAGAAACAACAGUAGCAGUUGCGUUGUGUACUGUGAGGGGUGGGAGAGAAUUUACGGUCCCUAACAGAACAGGUUUGCUGAAAACACAGAUCACCGUUAUCUGUCAGCAGCCGCAGAGGAUCAAGAGUGAUCAGAAGAUAAAGACCCCACCGGCCGGUUUUCUUUGUUCUCCGAGAUCGGACGGAUAAGUCACAGGCUUCCCGACAAUGUCCGUUGCUAAGGGAGGCAAGAAGCGGGUUACCCGGAUUGCCGUGCCGUCAGGUGCCGACUCCGACGGGUACUCUAGCGGGGGCGAGGGCACUCCGAAGCCAGGGCGCCGCAAGAAGUUCCUCCAAGUUCCCGACGGCGCAACUCCCUCCCUCCGGGGCGGCUACGACCCAGGAAGCAUGGACGAAGUCAUGUCAACAGUCGGCGGGAGCGAGCACUCCUUCGCACUCCACGGCUCAAAUCGGAAGGUACAGUACGAGAACACUUACAAGAUGGAACCUGACUUUAAGUUUCAGUCCCACCUUAUCGAAGGACCUGCUAGGGAUAUUCUUGAGACACAUCUCAAGGAUCAGCCCUACGAUGCCGCGACGUGCCGAACGCAGGCGCAAGACCUGGCGGGAAAGAUCAUGGACGCGACGAAAAACCUGAACAUCAAACGUUACAAACUGGUGACCAUCGUCAGCAUAGGGAGCUUAAAGGAGCGGCCCGGCAUGCACUUCGGGAGCAGGUGUCUGUGGAACGACAAGACAGACUCCUUCACAACGGUCAAGUACACCAACGGAUCUCUGUUCGCUGUUGCUAUGAUCUACGGACUGUAUUUUGAGUAGAGCAAAGGACAACACCUACACAACCGUCCGUCAGAAACCGUUAGCAGAACUGGGUUGACAGUACGCAAACUGUGUUGACAUUUCCAGUCCGAUAUUCACAACGAUACGUGUCUUGAACUGACAUCCCUUCUAUAGUUAUUUUGGGGUCGAUUUUUGUUGGAUUCGUGUUGGAAAGUUACGUCUUCGUGUAUCUACAGAACUUGCUCCGUGAAGGUAUUGUGAGAAUAUUGAUAGAAACCGUCUGAUAUUUGCGUUAGAAAUGUAGAUAAGUCAAUAGAAUCAUGGCAAAUGAAUUGUAAAUUAGACAUGUAAAGUUUACCCUUCAAUCAUGCUGCAUUUUAAGUGUUUCUACCCUAAUGCUGUAUAGCUAUAGCAAGUAACUGUAUAAAAUGAAUGGAGUCUAUGGAAGAAACGAGUCGAAAAUACGUUGCUGUAGGUUGAAAGGGUGUUUUUUGUUGCCGGUAGUUCAAACAACACAGGUCUGACCUCAGGUAGACUCGUGUUACUGCGACACAAAUAUUUGUACCGCUAAACCACACAAUCAAAUUAAACAGCCCCACUAUUUGCUUCGCCUACUUGUGCUAAGAACAAUUUACUCGUAGCGGAAUGACGUUUUUACAUAGUUUGGAGAGGGAUAUUAUUCUUUGUAAUGCCACUUUAAUAAGUGUCAAGAUGCUGUGGAUUAAAUGGCUAGGAUACGAGUACCAAAGUUGGGCAUUUUGUACUCUUCAGAGGUUCGGAUCCGGCUGUUUUUGGAUGUGUUUCUGAAGAACCGUCUCUGAACUUUAAGUCAAGCUUUCUUAUUUUCGUGUUUCCUCCAUGGCUUUUGGUCUGCGGACAUAAAGAAAACGGGACAAAUAGAAUUCCCGAGUCUACACGCAUCAAGAAACAGCCGGAGCCAAACCUCUGCUUGAAGAUCAGCACUCUGUACAAUCGCUGGAUCGUUUAACGUUGUACAUGUGAACUGUAACGUUGUUUACAAAGCGUGGGGCUAAAAAGGCAGUCUUGAAUACACGACUGUGCGGUGGGCACACUCUGACUACAUUAGUCAUUCGGUCAGGCGAUUAUUCAUUUGUUUGCUUACUGUUUCAAUGUUGAUAUGAAUGGCUGCAGAUACGUGUUCAAAGAUCCAUAUCAAUGUAUGUACUAGUGGUAUAAGUUUGAAUAAAUGUUGCAGUUACUUUGUCCUGA